AUGGACCCCAGGAACCGGGCAUUCGCAACGGUGUGCCUGCUUGGGACGCAUUGGGGUGCUAUCCUGGUCAACUCGGCUGUGUAUACGGUGUUGCCGCAUGAGAUAGUGCUCAAUGGACAUGAACUCUGCACCGCUGGAGAUCCAGUUUACCUCAUUACCUGUUGCGUCAUCGAUAUCUUUGCGCUGGUCUUUCAGUCUGUCGGUAUCGGCUUUGCCUCGAACGUCGGAACGGAUUUUGACGUCGCCCAAGAGCUGAGCAUCUUACUCGUCGGGCUUUACAUCCAAGCCCUCGGCUUGCUUAUCUUGUGCUCUAUCGUCACUCCAGCCCUUCAAGUUGUGGCCCUUCUCCUUCUUCUCCCCACGGCUGUCCGUCUGCCUGUUUUCGCUAACGGGCUUGCCACGCCCUUCGCCCGCUCUCCCUUAACCUCCCUGCUUCUCAAUGACACAUACAUUCUCCUCUACCUCAUCCUUCUGACCGGUUAA